GGGUGCAUAACACUGCUGUGGGUGCUGGUCUACAACAGCAGCUUACAGAGUGGAUCAAGCGUGAGACCGCGCUGACAGAGGAGCGUGUGCGGCAGUACUCGGAGCAGCAGUACGAGGCGUUGGAUCAGUUGCGCACACGAGUCCAUAGGGAUCAUCACAUUCUAUCCAGAAUUGUAGCCAUUAGCACAAAGAAGUCACAGGUAGAAGCUGCUGAAGCGUGGAAGAGAGCGCCACAGAUCUCCAAUGCCACCAGCCCCAAGCCGACAUCCCCACUACAGAGCAAGCCUAUACUGCCUGACCCUCCAAGUGCCAUCGCCCAACCCAAGAAAUCUGCACAGGUAGCCAACCGACCAAAGAACUUGCCACGGAAGCCAUCAGUAGAUGCUGAGGGACUAUUUGACCUGGAUGGAAUGGACGGAAUAGACGAUAAUACGACAGAGACCUUCCCGUCAGAAGAUGAGGAACUCUCUGACACUGACGAUGAAGGAGGAGUUACAAGAACUGUGUGUGUGACAGAUUCUGGGAGCCAUGACGAAGGAAUCCACAUACCGCGCCAUGUGACCACAGUGUAUGCCAAGUCCCUGCCUGUCAAUGUGCCUACAUUCAUGAACCAGCUCGGAUCGGAAGACUCUCCAAACCAACAGGACUACGGGGACUCUGAGGAUCCCAUGGACAUAGCUGCUAGCAUCAAAGCCCUUGCGAAAAGUGUACACGGAGACGCAGUGUUCGGAGAUCUGCCACGGCCCAGAUUCAGCUCCCAGAUCUGACGUACCAUUGCUCAACUUUCCUCAUACUUUGUUUUUUUAUUUUUUCUAUAAGUGAUAACACAGAAAGACAGUAGUAGCAAGCCUUAGUGUUCAGAGCUUCUAUUUUACUUGAGGUCGCUAUUUUCUUACUGUAAGACGAGUGAAGGGAGUUGUUUGGUCCGACGGUUGUCAGUGUUAAAUGUGGUCGGAAGGUUGGCGCUGCUCAGGUGCCGAAAUGGGUUAAAGGUGAAUUCUUGCCUUUGUCUAUAACACGUUUAUAUUGCACUGGAUCUUUGUCUUUAUAAUAAUUGUGUACAAGUGUAGGCUUAAAUGGAAUGUUAGCAGCCGGCAAUAACGGUCUAACGUAAUACUUGUGCUUUUCUUGACUAAGUAAUCUCACAAGUACCAUGUAAAAGAGUAUAUUUUCUGGUAUUAUGACGGAAUCAAUUGUUUUUUUACUGUUUGCAUUAUAUCCUUGUUUUUACUGUCAUUGUAGUCCAGGAGCAGAGAUCUGUAUUUUUUAAUGACACAUGCUUUCUUUUCUUUGGAAAAAUCUAUACAACCAGUUUCCCUGAGGAAGAAAUCAAUCAUCAGCCGCGCUAGUUUUGGUGAAGGUCAAAAUGGGAGAGCAUCUAAAGGGUUUAAAAUAUAAAACUUUUUUCAGACCAUAUUUUUAUUAACAACACACGUCCGCCAAAAAUGUAAUUAAAUCUAGUUACGUGAUGGUGACAUUAUUUAUUUAUUUGUCUAAUGGUUGUUUUAAGUGUGUGAAGCUAAGAAAAAUGUGAUUUAAGAAAAUAUUAUCAUUUAUAUUUUUUAACCCUUUUAAUACCCUCAUAUAUAAACAUUCGCCAAAACUAGUGUGGCUGGUAAUCAACACUCUCCGGUUGUGUGUUUAUAAAUACAAAUUGGCUCUCAGCUCUGAGAUUAUUGUCUUGUGGAUAACUAAUUGCUUGUCAAUUUGUUAUUGCACUACAGAACAAAUAUACAAGUUUUCAUUUGGUGGCCAUUUUACUCAAGAAUAUUCAUUCAAACUAGUGCAAAAUGACUAGCAGCAAGUUAAUAUGUAGAUUUUUAAAUUUAUAAGACAUAAGACAGUAUAAUAUGUUGUGAUAAAAUAAAUCAUUCAGAGCUUUUAACAUAUACGUUAUUAUUUCAUCCGAUAACAUAACUUUCUACAGCACUUGAGUUACAUAUUCUUCUGUCAAAUAACGCAAAUUUUAAUUAAUUGUAAAUUUCAAUUAAUCAACUUUAAUUUUUAAAUUUUGGUAUACCAUGUAAUUUUUUUGUGUAACAAACUAUUUUUAUAUGUUAGAUACAAAUUGUACUAAUUGAUUAAAUACAGUCAACUUCCGACUGUCCAGGAAAGUCAAGGACAAGUGAAGAGCACAUUUGACCCAAGGUACAGACUUAAGAUAAUUUCUCUUAAGGCAAGACUAGAAAAACCAUUUAAGCCACUCUAUAAGGAUUAAAAGGAUUAUAAAGUAGCAAUAGUUUUGUUACCUUGCCCAAAACAGGUUGAAGGAUAUGAAUUUUUACAGUAUUUAUUAUUAUAUAUGAGAAUAUGUUUUUAAGGACUUAACCCUUAGUGUAGGCUGGUGUACUAUUUUACAUUUUUGCCUGCAACUCCCUUACUUUUUGGUUAAAAAUAAUAAUUAUAAAAAUAUUUAACAGGAAUAAAUUCUGUAACAGUAUAAAAAGCAUCUUUUUGUAAAACAAAAAUAAAAAUUAAGAGUAAUAAUAAAAGAUGUACUUAACAAAAAUAAAAUAAUUCUUCUUUGAAUAGGAAGAACGUUCUUUAAAAAUAUCUAGGCGUAAAAUGUUUCAUUUCAAUAGUUACAAAUAAAUUUACAAUUUGUAUAACAAUUUUAAAAGAAUUUGUGCGUGUUUGAUUUGUACACUUUUUAAAUUUGAUAAUUUGUAGUGUAUUUACAAUCAGAAAAAGUAAGUGGCAACCCUUAUUUCAAAGGUAUAGUACAUAGUUAUAACAGAUAUAUACAGAAGAUACAAUUAGUUUAAUUCAAAAGUAAAAAAUAGAAAUAAAAAAUUCAGAACGUCCUGGUAUACGAACACUAGUAUUUCUAGACAGUUACAGCCACGUCCAUAUAAAAGGACAGCAGUAUUUCUAGAUAGUUACAGCUACGUCUGUAUAACAGGUCAGCAGUAUUUCUAGAUAGUUACAGCUACGUCUGUAUAACAGGACAGCAGUAUUUCUAGAUAGUUACAGCCAUGUCCGUAUACAGGACAGCAGUAUUUCUAGAUAGUUACAGCUAAGUCCGUAUAACAGGACAGCAGUAUUUCUAGAUAGUUACAGCUACGUCCGUAUAACAGGACAGCAGUAUUUCUAGAUAGUUACAGCUAAGUCCGUAUAACAGGACAGCAGUAUUUCUAGAUAGUUACAGCUACGUCCGUAUAACAGGACAGCAGUAUUUCUAGAUAGUUACAGCUAAGUCCGUAUAACAGGACAGCAGUAUUUCUAGAUAGUUACAGCUAAGUCCGUAUAACAGGACAGCAGUAUUUCUAGAUAGGUACAGCUAAGUCCGUAUAACAGGACAGCAGUAUUUCUAGAUAGGUACAGCUAAGUCCGUAUAACAGGACAGCAGUAUUUCUAGAUAGUUACAGCCAUGACCAUAUAACAAGACAGCAAUAUUUCUCUGUAUUUCUUCACAGAGAUUUCCGGAUGUUGGGAGAUGAAUUGUUUUUAAUGAAAUAUGAUUUGAGACAAUGUCAGGUUUUAAGAGCAAUAUAUAUAUACUGUAAAAAUCAUAUCCUUAUCUUCCUCAGUUAUUAAUGAACAAUCUCUUUUGUAUUUUUUUGGUUAAUGAUGACACAGAAUUUGUUGCUCUUUGUCUUCGCCUUUAUCAGAUGCUUAUUUCACUUGAGUAAUACAGAAACAUGAAACUGAAUUGGCCAAAACAUAUUAUCACAAUAUAAAACAUUUGUAUUAGUAAGUUGUAUAAGCGGAAAUUUUAUGAUCUAAAUCAAUUAAAUACUGCAUGUCUACUUAAGCAACUAUUCUUAUUAUAUGAUUGAUUAGUUUAGAAUGCCUAAACAUGGCAACAAAAUAGUAUCCUUGAAAUGCUACCAAGGCAGAGGAGAUCCAAAUGUUGGUGUUGGACAGUUUCGAGGUGUAAGACUUUUCUCGUAUACAUUUUUGUCCAUAAAUUUAAGGACCCCUUGAAUGUAUAAAAUGUGGUAUCCAAAGUUUAAAUUCUAGUUUGGGUGAUUUUGGGAGGAGAGGGGUUUAGCAAAUUCUCUGAUUAAAAAGGGAGAAAUUCUAGGUGCAAAAUAAAAAAGUCAGAUUCAUAUUUUAAAUAUCUAAUCAUGUAUAUAUGAUUUAUCACAAUAACUCUGUAUUUUUUAUUUAAACUUUUUAUGGCAUUUCAUGAGAGCUUAACACAUUAUAUACUUGCACGAAUCUACAUCCAUAAAGGUUUUAUGUCUAGGAUUUCAACUGGAAUUUAUACAGACCCUGGCAAGAAUUAAAAGCAUAAAUUUUAAAUAGGUUCAGAAUCCUUCCUUUCUGUCUUGAAACAUGUUUUAUAUAAAUGUUCUUGGCUAUGCCUUACCUCUCAGAUGGGUUGCUCUGCACAAAGCCGAAGGAGCAGUGUUGCUAUAUUUUGACAUUUUGUAGUUUGAGACAACUUGUCAUGGAUCUAUGAAGAGCCAUGUCUGACUCUGUAUGCUAUCUAAACUUGAAUUAAAGUACAAAUAGCUUUAUUUUAGGCUUUUUAGCGUGUAUAAAUCCUCUCUCUAACUUGCUUGUGUAUCCUUUUCUUAUUUGUAUGAAGCAACAAAUAGAUUUAACGAUCUUAUGAAUUGAUAUGAUUUUGAUAACUAAUAUUGUAUAAGAAUAAUACAAUAAGUGAUAGGUGAUUGUUAUUUCCUUGAAUCAGAAGUAACAUUUUUUUGAUUUGCUGUAUCCCCAUGUUACGGUUUUGUUUGUUAGUUUUUGUUUGUUACAUAUCAUUCUCUUGUGUUGUCAUUGGAUCUGUUAUAUUACAUUUAUGUUGAAUGCCAGAAUGUAAAAACGAAAUUGAGUAGUACAAGCUGCAGGAGGGGAUGGGAAAAGUCGUACAUUGUCAACAGACUGACCAAUAGAAAACUUUGUCAAAUUUUAAAUAUUGUUAGUCUAGUUAUGUUCACAAAUUUAUCUGUCUGUUAGUUAUUUUUAAUAAAAAUUAUUUGUUAAAA